GAAAACUAGGACGACCAACCAAACCAUAUCCCCCAAACAUUGGAAAGUGUAGUUGUUUGUCAUCUCUCAAAGAAGUACUACUCCACAUCCACCAUGGCCACGACAACAGAUGAAGCUUAUUCUUCAACAAUGGCUGUUUCAAAGAAGGUGAUUCUGAUAACAGGUGUAAGUAAAGGAUUAGGAAGAGCUUUAGCUUUGGAAUUGGCUACUACUUAUGGCCAUACUGUUAUUGGCUGCUCUCGCGAUCAAACUAAACUUGAUUCUCUUCACUUACAACUCUCUGGGGUUUCCCCUAAUGCCAAUCAUUUGCUCCUCAACGUCGAUGUGCAGAGAUGUAAUAGAAGUGUCGAAGAGUUUGCAAGAAUCGUCAAGGAAAAUGAACUCGUUCCCGAUAUCAUUGUGAAUAAUGCAGGUGUGGUAAAUAAACAAGGUAACAUGUGGGAGAUUGAUGUACAAGAUUUUGAUAAUGUGAUUGAUACUAACAUCAAAGGCUCAGCUAAUAUUCUUCGUCACUUCAUCCCUCUUAUGAUUCCUUAUAACAAAGGAAUUAUUGUCAAUAUGUCUUCGGAUGCUGGAAGAGAUAAUACUCCAUAUAAAAUGAUUGCACCAUAUUGUGCAUCAAAGUGGGGAAUUGAAGGAAUGAGCAAAUCCAUAGCACAAGAAUUACCAAAGGGAAUGGCAAUUGUAGCCUUGGAUCCAGGAGUCAUACACACAGAUAUGUUGGAAUCAUGCCAAGGUGAUUUGGCUUCGCAGUGUCAAACCCCCGAACAUUGGUACGCAUUAUUUUUAACUUGCUUCGAUAACGUUUCCGUCUCUUGUUUUAUAUUUGGUAUAUUCUUUUUGUUUUUUAGUAAUUCAAAAUAAAAAUAUGUUUAGUAAGUCGUGACUAUUUCUAUUUUUUGUUUCUUUAAUUUAACAAUAUUAUACGAGAUAGGGGAUAUGAAACCUCUGGUUUCUUGGUUGAUGUUACAUAUUUAUGUUAGUGGAGGUUAAAUAGUAUAUAGUCUAAGUUAUAUGAUUUGAAAAUGUAACAUUAAUAACGGUAACGACUAGACUUUUCAGAGACAGUAGGAUCGUACAAGAAAUUUUAAGAAUAUAUAAAAACUAGUUGAUCAUUUUUAACUCAAAAUUAAAAGUUUUUCAAAUCAACGAAAAGUCGUUAAAAUAAUCUAAAGAAUACUAAAACAAAGUUUAUUUCUCUGGCUAGAUCCCUCCCAAACCUCACUGAAAUGUAAAACGCUAAAUAUAAUUUAAAACCAGUAACUCAUUCAAUAUAAUCAUGAAGAAACGAAACUAGAGUGCAAAAACAAUAUUUCACAAAUGUCGCGACACACCAUUAUUCGUCGAGCGUCUGAUAUGUUCUUAUAUUUACAUGAAAAACAUUAAGCAAAAAAGUAAGUACGUAGUUAAAAUAUUCACCAAGUAAAUUCUACUAAGAUAUAUAAGUCUAAGAACUUACGUACAAACACGAAUGUCUCUCUAGCUAGUGGAACGUAUACACUAGUAUAUACUGAAGUUAAUUGAUCAUCUGAAUGCAAAGUUGAAAGAUUCGUCCUAUUGUAGUUAGGAGAGACAUAUUCACUAUAUCAAGCAUGAACUCCAAAAAACACAAAUGGGCAUGAUAAACUCUUACGAACACAAUUUAUGAUGUACAUGAUUGCUAUAAACUUACUUAGCAUGCAACAUGCAGAGAUAAGGGUUCCACAAUGAUGAAUAAAGUCAUAUGAUCAUAAUACCUCAUAGAAUAAUUCAUAAUUCAUAGGUAGCAUACUUAUAAAAUUUCUUCAAUCAUGAGAAAAAUAACAUGUGAGCUUUUCAAAGAAUACUUUUCCAAUUGAUCACUAAUCAAAUAUAUAUAUCAAUGAUAUAUUUAUCUAAUGUAUUAUUAAAGUUCUAAUAAAGCUCAAUUUUUUUUCGUUGCAAAAAUAUAAAGUUAUUUUAUAUAUACUAUAUAAAUUUUGAAUAUUUUUUGCUUGAUGAUUUAUUUAUUAUAGGGUUGUCAAAGCGGCACCAACAAUUUUAAAUCUUACAACGAAGGACAAUGGAGCAUCUCUCACUAUUAAUUAAGGAUCCAAAAACUUCGAUCGAUGUUUUAUUAGGGUCUGCUUUAUAAAUCAAGAGAGAUCAUUAUAGAUCUAUCUUACCUUUGUUUGAGUUAUAAACACGUAUCUUUGAUUUCAACCUCUAUAGUUUGAUCUUAGUUACCCUUCUUUGGAAAAAAUGCUUGCAUGUCCUUGUUGAGAUGUCAUUAAGCUAUUUAAAGAAUAAAAGUGCAUUCUCUAA